AUGCGAUCCUUAUCUAGUCAGGAGGCAUCUGUUGAAGGAAAGGAGCGGCCAGUCAAGAAGACCUCUAUCGACUUUUCGCCAUGGGUCCAGAAAAGCCAUUAUCCAUCCCACAAAUUGUCGCCCCAGCCCGCACCUGAAGAUGAUCCAGAGGCAAGAAUCUUUGUCGAUGUGGCACAGCUGGGCAAGUUACGUGUCUUCAGCGGCGACUGGGUACAUGUAUCCGUCAAAGAGCCAAAGUCGACUUCCCGCUUUUGCAGGAUCUAUGGGUUGACAUUCCCCUCGACAGACGCCAUGAAAGGAUUGCCACGAGAGCCCGUUGUUGCCAAGGCGGUCACUGUCGCUCGCGUUGCAUCGUCGCCAACAGUUGACAAGGCGCUGCAGACAGCAUGCUUGGAGGCGCUCAAGGAGUGGUUCGAGGAAUACGAGCGAGUCGUGUGUGAGGGAGAUGUCAUCGGGGUUGAGAUUGACGAGGAGGCUGCCAAGUUAGCUCCUAAGCAAUUGAAUUCUGCAGAUGUUUCUAAUAUCGACAUCCGUCUGUCCCUGAGCCCCUCGGAUAUAAAGACGACGAUUUAUUUCAAGUUGACACAUCUUGAGGAUUCCGGCAAACCCAAUAAGCACACACAGCUCGUCGACCCUUCGGUCACAAAGAUGAUUCAAUCGGGAUUGGAGCACUCUAGAGUCCCGCCCAAACUGAAGCGUCAUGGCUACAGUCCUGCUAUUCCAGCAUUGGAUGAUCCCUCAGCACCUCAGGCUUUCCCUCAGCUCCAUCAGCUUGUAUCUUCAGGAUUGCACCCGUUUUCGUCCAAGCUCGGGUUGAAUUGUACGGUAUUGCUGCAUGGAGCCAGGGGCAUUGGAAAGAAGACGAUUGUCGACUGGGUCGCUGAUCUCGCAGGGAUCCAUCUCAUGGAGGUCAACUGCUUUGACAUUGCCAGUGACACUGACGCAAAGACCGAGGUCGCUGUCCGGGCCAGGUUUGACAAGGCCGUGGCCUGUGGGCCCUGUAUUCUGCUCCUCCGCCAUAUCGACGCCUUGGCGAGGAAAAGCGUCGCCCUGGAGACUGGUCAAGAACCCAUCUUAUCAACUGUUCUCAAGGAUUGCUUUACGCAACUGGGCGAUGCUUUCAAGACGAUGGGUCAUCCAGUGACUGUGAUCGCUACUACAGGCGAUAUCGACAAGGUGCCCACGUCUGUCUUGGGAUGCUUCCUGCAUGAGAUUGGAGUAGAUGCUCCCAACGAAGCACAGCGUCUCGCCAUCCUGAAGAACUUGACUGUGGCCACGCCCUUGGGACCAGACGUCUCUCUAAACUCGCUGGCGACUCAGACUGCAGCGCUUGUUGCCAAGGAUCUGGUCGACUUGACUGGACGUGCCGGCUUGGUCGCUAUUGACCGUGUUGAAAAGUCCAUUGAGGAAUGGAACAAGGGUAAUGUGCCAGCACAGAGUCUCGUGCAUGCAGGUGUGGCGGUCACUGCUGCCGACUUUGACACGGCCCUGAAUAAGGCUCGUGCCUCCUAUUCGGAUUCAAUUGGAGCGCCCAAGAUCCCUAAUGUCACAUGGGACGAUGUCGGAGGCCUGGCCUCUGUUAAGAACGACAUCCUGGACACCAUUCAGCUGCCGCUCGAGCAUCCGGAAUUGUUUGCCAGCGGACUCAAAAAGCGCUCAGGUAUUUUGCUUUAUGGACCUCCAGGCACAGGAAAGACCCUGCUCGCAAAGGCUGUGGCGACAUCUUGCUCGCUUAACUUCUUCUCUGUCAAGGGACCCGAACUCCUGAACAUGUAUAUCGGAGAGUCUGAGGCGAACGUGCGUCGGGUGUUCCAGCGCGCGCGCGAUGCAAAGCCCUGUGUCAUCUUUUUCGAUGAGUUGGAUUCUGUGGCGCCGAAGCGUGGCGAAAAGGGCGAUUCUGGCGGAGUGAUGGACCGUAUCGUUUCGCAGCUCUUGGCUGAGCUGGACGGAAUGAACGGAGGUGAGGGCUCUGGAGAUGUCUUUGUGAUUGGAGCCACGAACCGACCGGAUCUGCUGGACCCUGCAUUGUUGCGUCCUGGACGGUUCCGUCUCCACCCUUCAUUGGACUUGACAAACGUAGCCGAGAAAUGCCCUUUCAACUACACGGGUGCAGAUUUCUAUGCCCUGUGCUCUGAUGCCAUGCUCAAGGCUAUGUCCCGUACCGCUGAUGGCAUCGAGAAGCGUGUUGUUGCCAUCAAUAGCGACGAGACAUCUACACUCCCACUCCCUAUCACUUCUCAGUACUAUCUCGAUCACUUGGCCCAGCCAGAUGAGAUCCUGGUGCAGGUGACCGAAGAGGAUUUCGACCAGGCGCUCGCGGAGUUGGUUCCCUCUGUUUCAGCCCAAGAACUGGAGCAUUACCGCCAGGUUCAGAAGAUGUUCAACAGCGAUGAUUUUGCGAAGGACAUGGAGGCAGCCGCUGCAGCGGAGGAGGCAGAGGCGGCAAAACGACUGGGACAGGAGCAGGCUGAAGCGAUGAGAAAGUUCGAGGAGGCACAGAGGCAGUUGCAGGCUGAGGAGAAAAGCCGCGACGCUCCAGAGUUUUCAUCGUCCGAGUCGGCGGAGGGCAAGGACAAGGGCAAGGGCAAGGGCAAGGGCAAAGGUCGUGCGGCAGACUAUAGCCAUGUGGAGGAGCAUGUUGCACAACACCAUGAGUUGCAGCAGCAUACAGAGGAAAUUUACGAUGGACCGGGUGGGCCUGCCGGGCUGGAGGAGCCGUUGGUGGUGAGCGAACCGGAUCAGCAGGCGAUUCAGCAUGUGUUUGAUCAACAGGGAAGCGGAGGAUCUGCCAAGAAAAACAAGUCCUCAGGAGGCGGCAAGGGUAAAGGCAAGGGCAGGAAGUAG